AUGUCGACAGAAGAAGUUGAAGCUAAGGGUAAGAAGUUUUCCAGCGUCAAGAUAGUCGCCGUGGAGAGACAGAAUCUGUUAAAGGAGGUGGAGUCUCGGAAAUCAGCAAGCAGGACAUCGGACCAGUCGCUGCUAAGGGCGAGUAUUCUGAAGAACAAUACAAACACCUUCGAAGGAAGGUUGAUCGAUACUUGCUACCGCUCAUGCGGUUAUGCUAUAGGAUUCAGCAAACCGACAAGACCGCACUUCGUACACAAGCUGUCUUCGGCCUACGCAAAGACCCUGGUCUCCAUGGCCAGCAGUAUAUUCUACAUGCCUUUCACAUGUCUCCUCAAAGUAGUACUUGUCUCAUAUCUUACAGAUCUCAUCUACAUGGUUCUCGAGUUUCGUAGUAACAUCAUCUUACAACAUUAUAAAAUGGGUAAGACCCCGUCGUAUCACAUGAUUCGACGGAGCAUCACACUGCUUUACAUCGGCUUUGAUGAGCAAUCAGGCGAUCUGAAUCCGGUCACAAUGAUGAUAUUUCCAGCUCAAGAUCUUACGCACCUGCGCGAACAUCCGAAGCGACCGAGCAAUUACCAAUCAUACAUUCCUUACACAAAUCAUUGCAUACUUGCAAGCAUCACUAUCGUGGGGUGGAUGAUCGCCAGUCAAGACAGAACGAGCCUGGAAGAUUUGCAUAGGACUUCGACAGUUGCACUCGGGUCGAGAAUCUGCGCGAGUAUCGUAGUUCGAAAUGGAUACAUAAUCAAUCUGAUUACUAAAGUUGGCUGUAGUCUGCCGCUUGUGCUCCCUUACGAAUCAGCAAAGUAG